CAUAGUCAUUAUUCGGCCGAAGACUGGGACAACUAGAAACCCUCUCACAGGUCACCACGAGCAAGCAGCAAGCUUUAUUAGGGUUUUGAUUGGCGUUUAACAUUUCUGCAAUUUUCUAUUUUGGCUCGGAAGUUUGGAGCAGAAUCACCGGCAGAGAUUGUUAGCCAUGGUGAAGUAUUCUAGAGAACCAGACAACCCCACCAAAUCUUGCAAAGCCCGAGGCUCUGAUCUCCGAGUUCACUUUAAGAAUACGAGGGAGACUGCUUAUUCAAUUCGGAAGUUGCAUUUGGCAAAGGCUAAAAGGUACUUGGAGGAUGUUAUGGCACACAAGCAAGCUAUCCCAUUCCGACGUUUUUGUGGUGGUGUUGGGCGAACUGCACAGGCUAAGAACCGACAUUCAAAUGGACAAGGACGCUGGCCUGUUAAAUCUGCGAAAUUUAUUCUUGAUUUGCUCAAGAAUGCUGAAAGUAAUGCCGAGAUGAAAGGUUUGGAUGUUGAUUCACUCUACAUAUCUCACAUACAAGUUAAUCAAGCCCAAAAACAACGUCGCCGCACUUACCGGGCCCAUGGAAGGAUUAAUCCUUACAUGUCCUCCCCAUGCCACAUUGAGUUGAUUUUGUCGGAAAAAGAAGAAGCUGUUAAGAAAGAGCCGGAAACUCAACUAGCACCUAGGAAAGCAAGGGCUUAAGCGUUACACAGUGGGGCUUCCUCCUGAAGGCUGGCCCUGAAAAUUGGUAGUGGAAAACAUUUUUAGAUGUGACGCAUCAAGUUUGUUUCUUGAGAUGUUUGUUAUAAAACUUCUACUCAUUUAUACUGUUAUUAUAGACCUGAAUCAUGAAAACUCAACUGAAUUUUGAUAUUGGUUGAGGCAGCAUUGAAAUGUUCAAGUUAUAACCUGUUGCUGAA